AUGAGUGACAUUAGUUAUCCCGUAGGAGAAACAGAUUACAUUAGUAGUUUACAUGAUACAAUAUUGUGUCAUAUACUUUCUUUUCUACCAACAAAGUCUGCUGUAAAGACCUGUGUAUUGUCAAAAAGAUGGAAGAAAGUGUGGAAUCAAGUACCCGUACUUGAUUUCACGGAGAUACCGGAUGAUUAUCAUCCAUUGUGCAACGGUGCAAAAAUUUCGUACAAUAAAUUUGUGAACAAGGUACUAGCUGAGAACAAUGCGUUCUAUUUGAAGCGUUUUUGUUAUGAAUUUUCCUGUGAUGAUGAUUGUGAUUACUACGAAUCUUGGUUAAAUGCUGCAAAACAACGUGAAUGUUAUGAAAUUGAUUUGAAUUUCACAUUAGGCGAAAGUCGAAGUUACAAAUUUAUGGAAAUGAUGUAUGGAAAGGGAGUGAAGAUAUUGAAAAUAACGGGUGUGAAAAUGAAUGAUACACCAGAGUCUUUUCAUCUACCAUCCCUUGAAAUUGUCCACUUUGUUAAAGUCGAAUUUAACGGUAGCGAAUAUAUGAAAAGGUUUACAUCAAAUUGUGCAGCACUCAAAACAAUUAUUAUCAAGGAGUGCACCGGUUUCGCCGAUAUGCUUUUACCUUUGCUUACCGAGGCAAAUCUACAUCUUAGGGAAAAUUUCCCAGUUAUGGUCAGUGAAUAUGGAGGUGAUUAUGAUAUUUAUCAAAAUAUCAAUUCUCUUAUAUGCAAGGCUUCCAAAAUCAGAUCUUUGAGACUCAAGACUUCUGGGCUUUUUCUUAAUGGAAGACAACUACCGACUUUCGGAAACCUGACUCAAUUGGCGGUGAAAGCCGAAAGUUGCACCUACGAGUUACUAAGAAAAACUCCCAACUUGAAAUCAUUAAUAUACGAAGAGGUCGAGUGGAUUGAUACCUCUUUAAAUUGUAUAGCCGAAGAAGGUUGUCUAUCAAAUCUCAAGCAUGUAACAAUCUUCUUGGACAACGUGUGUCAAGUACAUAUUGUAACGUGCAUAUUAAAAGCUGCAACAAACUUGGAGAAAUUGACCAUUAAUUUAUGCUGUCCAAAAAUAUCUGAGAGCAGAAUACGACGAGAGCUUUCGGCUAUACUAAUACCAACAUCGUCCAUGAGAAUAGAGGAGAAAACUAUUACUUUGUGUUGCUCGACGUUCUCCGAAAGACGCACUCAACAGUUUCCGGUUAUACUUACACCAUCGCCAUUCUUGAGCAUUACAGUUAUUUUUACAAAGUCAACAAUGGGUCCUUAA